AUGAGUAAAAUAGAAAUUACCGUCAAUAAGCUCCAAGAAACACUCACGAAGAUUGAAAAUGGUCUCAACAGCAUUUAUGCUAAGAUCAACAUGGACGACCUGAGACAGUGUUCAAGCGAUCAUCUCGCCAGCCCGAGGAGUGAAGUGAACGUCCAAGUCUCUAGUGAAAUGCCUUCCAGUGAUUCGCGCAUGAACCCUUCACAGUCGCGCAUGAACCCCUCACAGUCGCGCAUGAACCCCUCAGAGUCGCGCAUGAACCCCUCACAGUCGCGCAUGAACCCUUCACAGUCGCGCAUGAACCCUUCACAGUCGCGCAUGAACCCCUCAGAGUCGCGCAUGAACCCCUCACAGUCGCGCAUGAACCCCACACAGUCGCGCAUGAACCCCUCACAGUCGCGCAUGAACCCCUCACAGUCGCGCAUGAACCCCUCAGAGUCGCGCAUGAACCCCUCACAGUCGCGCAUGAACCCCUCAGAGUCGCGCAUGAACCCCUCACAGUCGCGCAUGAACCCCUCACAGUCGCGCAUGAACCCCUCACAGUCGCGCAUGAACCCCUCACAGUCGCGCAUGAACCCCUCACAGUCGCGCAUGAACCCCUCACAGUCGCGCAUGAACCCUUCACAGUCGCGCAUGAACCCUUCACAGUCGCGCAUGAACCCUUCACAGUCGCGCAUGAACCCUUCACAGUCGCGCAUGAACCCUUCACAGUCGCGCAUGAACCCCUCACAGUCGCGCAUGAACCCUUCACAGUCGCGCAUGAACCCCUCACAGUCGCGCAUGAACCCCUCACAGUCGCGCAUGAACCCCUCACAGUCGCGCAUGAACCCCUCACAGUCGCGCAUGAACCCCUCACAGUCGCGCAUGAACCCCUCACAGUCGUGCACAAACCCUCACAGUCGCGCACAAGCCUUCACACAUCAAGGAUCUCAUCCCAUGGACUCGGGUUUCAAACAAGAAGCAGAUCUCUACAACAAGCAACAAGAAGCGCUCAGCAACAAUGAAAAGCAGCGCUCAGCAACACCCACUAACAUCGCUCAGGAACAAACAGCCGACCACAAUAGUUAG